AUGUCAGCCACCGCCAAAGUGUCAAGAGCCGCGUUCUUCAUCUUCAACCCAUCUCUGGUACCUGAGACACCGAAACCAAGUGAGGAGGAACUCCAGGAUGCAAAGAUCAUAUACUAUUCGCCUUCUUGCGCACCCAUCGAGGAGAAGCGAUCUCAGGUGGGCAUGAUUGAGGGCCUCAUUUCCUUCACAUCGAUGUUCAGCGGUGAAGGCGGCCCUCUGCGACACAUCCGCACGAAACAGCUGGCCUUUAGUGUCAUGGAGGUCGAGCCGCAAAUUUGGAUGGUGCUAGUGAUGCGCCAUGCCAUGGCUGCAGAUGGGCAGUCCGAUGAGGAGUCGAUGAGUUCGGUUGUGAAUUUUCAGCAAGCUGUACUGUAA